GACCCACGGGUGCGGCGGCGCCAGGUGCCGGUGCCCAGGUAGCGCGUUCCCCGGCACCUGCCGCACCAACCCCGCGCCCGAGGCGGGGCUUCCCGCGUCCCCUUUAAGAGUGCGUAUCGCUUGCCCCUGACGUCAGGGUGUCUCUCCGCACGAGCCCGCGUUCCGCGCCUCUCCGCGCCCCCGCGCCCACUGCCCCGGCGGCUGCACGACGAGCUGCGGCUCGGCCAGCGCGCCGCACCGCUCGGUCCUCCCUCCUGGCUCCGCCGCCGCCCGCUCCCCGCACCGCAGCAGUCCCGCGGGUCCUCCUGCGCCAUGUCGGUGGCCGGGCUCAAGAAGCAGUUCCACAAAGCCACCCAGAAAGUGAGUGAGAAAGUUGGAGGAGCUGAAGGAACCAAGCUAGAUGAUGACUUCAAAGAGAUGGAAAGGAAAGUGGAUGUCACCAGCAGGGCUGUGAUGGAAAUAAUGACUAAAACAAUUGAGUACCUUCAACCCAAUCCAGCUUCCAGAGCUAAACUCAGCAUGAUCAACACCAUGUCAAAAAUCCGUGGCCAGGAGAAAGGGCCAGGCUAUCCUCAGGCAGAAGCACUGCUGGCAGAGGCCAUGCUCAAGUUUGGAAGAGAGCUUGGGGAUGAUUGCAACUUCGGCCCAGCGCUUGGUGAGGUGGGGGAGGCCAUGCGGGAACUCUCGGAGGUGAAGGACUCUUUGGACAUGGAAGUGAAGCAGAACUUCAUUGACCCCCUUCAGAAUCUUCAUGACAAAGAUCUGAGGGAAAUUCAGCAUCAUUUAAAGAAGUUGGAGGGUCGACGCCUGGACUUUGAUUACAAAAAGAAACGACAAGGCAAGAUUCCAGAUGAAGAGCUACGUCAGGCUCUGGAGAAAUUUGAUGAGUCUAAAGAAAUUGCUGAGUCAAGCAUGUUCAAUCUCUUAGAGAUGGAUAUCGAACAGGUGAGCCAGCUGUCUGCGCUCAUCCAAGCGCAGCUGGAGUACCAUAAGCAGGCAGUCCAGAUCCUGCAGCAAGUCACAGUCAGACUGGAAGAAAGAAUAAGACAAGCUUCAUCUCAGCCUAGAAGGGAAUAUCAGCCUAAACCUCGAAUGAGCCUGGAGUUUACAACUGGGGACAGCACUCAGCCCAAUGGGGGCCUCUCCCACACGAGCACUCCCAAACCUGCAGGUGCCCCAAUGGAUCAGCCCUGCUGCCGAGCUCUGUACGACUUUGAACCUGAAAAUGAAGGGGAGUUGGGUUUUAAAGAGGGUGAUAUCAUCACACUCACUAACCAGAUUGAUGAGAACUGGUAUGAGGGGAUGCUCCAUGGCCAGUCAGGCUUCUUCCCCAUCAAUUAUGUGGAGAUUCUGGUUGCUCUGCCCCAUUAGGAUGUCAUGCUGGCUGGCUCACCUCCUCCUGACCCAGAUAGUUACGUUUAACCACUGCUUUGGUAAUGCCGCUUACAACACAUCCCAAGCGCAGGCUGCAGUGGUCCAAGUCGUCAAGCCCCGCUGAGUACGUUUCGUUGACUUGUGUGAUCCCACGAGAGUCAUGGUGAUGGAUAGUAUCUUCUUAGCCUGGUGGGCAUGGCAUGUGCUUUUUAAAUACCAUCUGAGACCAGCCAGAAUUCACAGAACUGCUGUUUACACAGUUCUCAGGAGGAUGUGGCUUCUUAGAAUAUGACCAUCAGCCACAUCACAGAUAAACCAUCCUGCCGAAGAUGUUAUCUACCACCCGGGGCCAUCUCGAGGUCUCAGGUUCUCCAUUUAAAUAGAGGAGAAAGUUCUCGUUUUCACAUUGACCCCUCCCAAACACGUGAGUCACAGAAUUGUCAAAGGAAGCCUCCCUCACCAGCAAAUUGUCUUCUGGUCUGAACGAGCGAGUCCCUUGAUGCUGUCAAUAUAAAAGUGUUGAGUGUGGGUUCAGAGCCUUCUCUGAGAACAGUCACCUUUGUUCCACAGCUUAUGCCUAUUUCUGAGUUACAGCCGGUUUUCUUCCCUCCCUGCUGUUAAAGCCAGAGGGGGAUUCCCAUUUUAUUUCUAAGUAAGACAGUUAGCAGUCAGCAUAUUGAGGGAGGAGCUGAAGAGGAGAUUCUCCAUUAUGAGGAAAUGGGAAGAGAUCUGGUUUCCAAGCUUAAAUUUCUUGCUGUACAGAAACCAUGUAUACAUACAGGGCAUUUCUGAAGGUACCUGGACAGGGGAACAAAUAUCUUCACUUCAGUCUUAUUUAUGAAUUACAUGUUUCAUGAAUACAUUUGGUAUAGAGACACAAGAAGAAAAACACUAGAAACCAUUUUCCCACUAGUUCAUAGACCGAGAAACAGUAACCAUCUUCCCACUCCACUUUCACCUUGUGUUCUUUGAACAUCAUUUGUGCAUAUUCUGCCCUCAAUGAGGACCAAAUAAAGAUGAUUUUUGUGCUUAGCAGUUUAAGAUGUGUGGCUGCAUAUGCAAAGCUCUUUCCCAAUUCAGUCAUGACUUUUAUUUCUGUGCCUUCUAUCUCCUCUUCAUUUUGUGUGUACAGUGCUGUGUGUAAACUUAUGAGUGGUUUUCUUCAUUUAUUUGUUUCUUGCGGGUUUUUUCGUAUCAGUCAUUAAAGUCCUGUUAGGCAUCCAGAGUUCUGUUUAUCUAGCUGUACAGAUUCUUUCAGAGGUUUAAUGUGCUGCUUUGGAUGUGCCACCUGCGGUAGUGGAUCAUGUGGAGCGACAGGCAAAUCUUACUGCUUAAUGUAUAAACUCUUAACCACGGGAAGCGUCGCUGUUUCCAAUAAAUAUUGCUGAAGACAGAA